AUGGAGGAUGGUGAUGAAAAGAAACCCAAAGUUAAGGAGGAUGAAAAGAAAAAAAGAAAAGAAAAGAAAAAACAUUUCAACUGGUGGCCAAUUGUGCGCCACGACCUAACUAGUGUUCAUCCUAUUCUGAACAAUGGAGAGCACCAAACUCUUGCACUGGCUUACAGUUGCUACAGUUGUUCUUCCAAGAUUGUGGCCAAGAAGAGUAAGACGCCUCAAACACCUUCUCCUAAGGGUUCAGAUCCACCGCCACCAAGAAUAACAUCAAAUGUGAAGCAUAAUUUGCGGUUCUUGAGAUCGUGGAAGGACUUUCAAAAUAGAAAAUCGAAAACACCAAGGCCUUCUACUAGUUACCGCAGAAAGAGAACAGAGAAGGAUGAAAUUCCCGAGGAUGUCGAGCUCUAUCACGAUCCUACUUUGACCCUUUCUUACCCAAAUCAGAGUAUGGAGACUGCAACACCUGUAUUCCUUGUUGACGGUUAUAACGUUUGUGGCUAUUGGGCAAAGCUGAAGAAGCAUUUCAUGAAUGGAAGACUUGAUAUUGCUCGCCAGAAGCUUGUAAAUGAACUGAUAUCAUUCAGUAUGUUAAGAGCUUACUGGGUCAUGCGUUUUGCUCUACUGGAUUCUUUGUCAUUCAAUGACAUUCUUUUAUUUCUUUUCGUACCCGACUGCUGGUUUUGUUCUCCUGUAGGCCCUUCCACUCUAGAAGAAGUCAACAAGACAUGGAUCAAUAAUGUUUUGAUUAGUGACCAAAAUACUCCAGUCCCCAGCACUUAUGGUGAUGUGAAAGUGGUGGUUGUAUUUGAUGCUAUGAAGUCUGGCCUACCAACACAUAAAGAAAAUUUUUUUGGAAUUGAUAUAGUUUAUUCAAGCGAAACUUGUGCUGAUGGAUGGAUUGAGAAAGAGGUUGUAGCCUUGAAGGAGGAUGGAUGUCCAGAAGUUUGGGUCGUAACAUCCGAUCAUUCUCAACAAGAUGCAGUUUAUGGAUCAGGAGCUUUCGUGUGGAGUUCAAAGGCAUUGGUCUCUGAGAUCAAAGCUUCACAAAAGGAGGCAGAGCAGAUGGAGCGGGAAGAUAGAUCAACUUCAAUGGGGGGUAAACUGUUGAAGCACAAUCUCGAUCCAAAAGUAGUUGAUGCUCUUAGGGAUCUCAGAGAUAAGCUAUCUCGAAAACCCUGAUUUCAAAUUUUCUCAAAAGUUUAACCUUGACUUUAGACUAUCUACCAGCAAAUGGGUACCGACGUUAACUUAUUGAUGGUUUUCCAUAUCAAAUGCAAUCCCAUGACGAGCCCGCCCCAAGCCGAAAAUGAAUUAUUAUGAGGUUUUGCUUUUAAUUGCUUGGAAGUUUCUCCAUUGUUGUAGUUGAAACUUGGGAGUUUCAUUGUCCCCAUCGCCCUAUAUAUUAAUACAAAUGCAAAGUUUCUCGAACCUAUGCGUCUACUUCUGGUGCUUCACAAUUCUAUAUGUCGAAUUAUGGUAUUUCAUAAUUGUGUGUGUCAAUUUUUGGUGGUUCAAUGUAGUCCAUGAAGAUGUGGACUAAAUUGUAAAUAUGUUUUAAAAGUUAAC